UGGUGAUUAACGUAAACAAUACUGGUACUGGAUGGGUUGCUAAUGAUGGUAGAUAAGGAAAGUUUUGUUUUAAAUUUACUUUGAAUCGAUGAUGGCCGCUGCUGAAAAUGGAGCACUACCAGUCAAAAAAGAAUAUGAUGACAUUGAAGUUACAGAUUCAAAUUAUGAAUUUGAUUCAGAACAAACUGAACAGGAGAAUGUCAUCGAUUUUGCAUUUCAUGAUAUCAAAUUAGAAAGUUGGCAUGAAGAAGAAAAUCCAACUGAAUCCAAGGUCGUGAGAGGAGAUUUGGGAGUUAUUGAAACAAAGGAAGAAAAAAUCUCUUAUGAGAUGAAACAAGAGAUCGAUGAAAAUACAUCUUCAAUGUUAUAUCUCAACGAGUCUUCUGUUGAAAAUUAUCAUUUUGUGAAAUGUGAAACACUGGAAAUCAAUGAACCAUUUAGCGCCCAAUACUUUUCAAAUUCAAAUGAAGAAAGUACUGUUUCUAAUGAAGAGAAAAGUUGCUUGAAAAAUUUCAGUAAAACUACUGAUACUGAAACUUAUAUUGAGAAAAAAUCGUUUCAGUGUAAAGUCUGUUCAAAGUCAUUUGGUCGAGCUGGGAGUUUGAAGUCGCACGUAAAACUUCACUCUAAGGAAAAACCUUUUCAGUGUAAAAUCUGUGCGAAAACUUUUAUUCGAAAUGAUUACUUGAAAGUGCAUGAAAAAAUUCAUUCAGAAAAAAACCGUUUUCACUGUAAAAUGUGCUCAAAGUCAUUCUGUAGGAAGGAAAAUUUGAAAUUGCAUGAAAGAUCUCACACUGGAGAAAAGCCUUUCCAGUGUAAAAUUUGUUCAAAGUCAUAUACCCAUAGAAACUCUCUGAAAUUGCACGAAAGAACUCAUACUGGUGAAAAAGCUUUUCAAUGUAAAAUAUGUUCGAAAGCAUUUUAUCGAUGUGCUUAUUUGAAAUUGCAUGAAGAAACUCAUACCGGAAUGAAAUCAUUUCAUUGUAAAAUCUGCUCCAAAUCGUUCCUUCGAAAAGAUAAUUUGAAAUACCAUGAAAAAACUCAUACUGGAGAAAAACUAUUUCAGUGUGGAACCUGCUCAAAAUCUUUCACUCGAGGUAGCAGUUUGAGAAGACAUUAACAAAGUCAUACUGAAAAAACCGCUAGUUAGUAAUAACAGUAGUUGAUAUUUAUGAUCACAAGGUUAAUCAAUAUUACUGGAGUUUUUUCCCAACACUAAACUGUUAUUUUAACACGCCGACACGUGUUUCGAUCACCAACUGAUCAUCUUCAAGAGGAAGAUCUUGAACAUUUCAGAAACUCACAGACACAUGAAGAAUGGCACAACUAUAUUUAUAAAAGAGUCACUCAGAAACUCUUGGUAGCUAUAAUAGCACCCCUCUAUUCUGUUGAAAUCUGAUUAUUCAGCUGUCGCUCCUCUACGAACGACAACUCUCAGAAGUAGAAACUUGUGCGAGCUAAGGAUUAACGAGGCCUUGCCUUUCAACGUGCAAUUCCUAGCACGGAAUCUUGCUUCAUUGUGGAAAACUAAAUCUGUAUUCAUCUGUUUGAUUUCAUUAGGUAUAUAGUAACAACUAAUAGCGUUGUAUUGCAGAUAAUUUUCAAAGUGUGACAAUUUAUGGGGAGGGAUCAAUAACGGAUUUAUUGUUUUGAGUAUUGUGACAGUUUCAAGAGUACAGAUGAAAGUUAAUUUUGAACACAGGUUAGGUUGAUUUUCUCAGUUAUGCUUAUUGAAUAAAAGUCGUAAUUAUUCUCCAAUAUUUCUUAAAUAUGCGAAUUGAAGUUUUAUAAAGAUAUGCCUAAUAUCUGUUUUCUACCGUUAGGAUAUACAAGAAAAUCUUGAUAAUUUAACAAGAACAUUCAUUGAAAAUUAAUAACAAAAAUGUAAAACAAGUUUUUACAAGCAAAAUGAUGGAAUGGAAUGUUAACUACUCGAUUGAAAAUAAAACCCUAGAUUAUGUCUCUGAAA